AUGCGAGACUGCGACAAGCUCGCAAACCGUUUCUUUCUGCAUUCUUUUCUAUAUGCUUUCCCACAAUGGCGGCUAAUGCUCAAGAAUUUAAUAUCGAAAUGGCCGCAGUUCCACGGGAGCAUGUCAAGGAUGUUCUUCGAGCCUUACUUCACUCAAUAUUCUUCCAUCGAUUGCUUGUACACGUUACUCCUCGAGAAUUUGUAGUCUUGGAUACGACAGUGUCCGCAACUGAUAACCGAGAUGUUGAGCAUCUGAUCGACGAACGAGCCGCGGAGUUUGUGCAAAAUAUAUGCUCAAGCCAUGUGAAGCAGGGCAAGAUUGCGGUGCUAUUUUACGAACAACGGGAUAAAAAGAUUUGGUUUCAACUGUCAAAAACCAAAGAGCUUGUGUGCUGGGAACGAUGGGCCAUAACCAUGAGCCUAGCACAACCUGCAAAUGAUCAAGACCGACAGAAAAUACAACGAUCUUUAGAAAAGCAGCUAUCAAAAUCCCUGCAUGAUAUAUUGAGGCUAGCAAAUGAUCACAAGGAACAUAUUCCAUCUAUCAAAACCAUAGAUGGCAAUCCAUUCCCAUAUCAUAUUGCUAUUUUGUCACAAUCAGAAUCAUGGGGUGCAAUGAUUAAACGGUUGCUGGUCACGGAUGCACCGGCCGCCAGUGGCACCGAGAGUGAUACGAGCGCAACGCCAUCACCUAGUUCAAGCUCUAGUAUAAGAAGAGGAUCGUUAGGAGUAGGCGGAGGUAGCAGCAGUGCAGGUCUGGCACGGCCUGCUCCUACAAGUAGUACCAGCAGUAGUAGCAGCACUACUGCUGCAGCUAAUAUUUUAUCAAGGAGUCCAAGAAGAAGUGAUUUAAGCUAAUAUAAUAACAAUCUUUUAUCUAUCAUCCCAUGCAAUUGCAACCCCACUCUCUUAACAAAUAUAACUAUAUUAAUCCUCAUCGCCAUCACCAUCACAUGUACGCACCAAUUCACAUUCGCACCACCACCGUCACCUCACUAUUACACUUAACAUCGUCACCUAUUAUUAUUAUUAUUAUUUAUUAUAGACACCGUAAAGAACUGCUUUAUUUUUUUAUUACAUAUCAUACCACCUAUCUUUUUUCCCUUCUUUUUGUCAGAAGCCAAGCAAUUGUAUGUAUCAUUUAAACAAC